AUGGCGGUCACUACUCACUCUGCAACAUUCCUCGUUUCCAUAGCCGUCUUAGUCAUCCUUGCCACAUCCACUGAUCAUUCUGCCAAGUUCUUCGGCAACGUAUUGAAAUCUGGGGGCAAACUUGACACCGGCGAAUCUCUUGUUCAUGGCAACUACAGUUUUGUCAUGCAGAAAGAUUGUAAUCUCGUCUUGUACGACAAUCAGACCGCAUUAUGGUCGUCUCAUACAGACAACAAAGGCGUCAAUUGUUUUCUCGUAUUGCAGAAUAAUGGCGAGCUCGUCAUCAUUUCCAACUACCGAAUCACGGUAUGGAGAAGCGAAACAGGUGGGCAAGCGGGCAAAUAUGCGCUCGUCCUCCAGCCAAAUGGUGAUGUUGUGGUUUACGGUAAUCCGGUGUGGUCUACAGGUACCAGCAAUAUUGAAUUACCCAAGCAUUAUUUAACAAUGGCGGUCACUACUCACUCUGCAACAUUCCUCGUUUCCAUAGCCGUCUUAGUCAUCCUUGCCACAUCCACUGACCAUUCUGCCAAGUUCUACGGCAACGUAUUGAAAUCUGGGGGCAAACUUGACACCGGCGAAUCUCUUGUUCAUGGCAACUACAGUUUUGUCAUGCAGAAAGAUUGUAAUCUCGUCUUGUACGACAAUCAGACCGCAUUAUGGUCGUCUCAUACAGACAACAAAGGCGUCAAUUGUUUUCUCGUAUUGCAGAAUAAUGGCGAGCUCGUCAUCAUUUCCAACUACCGAAUCACGGUAUGGAGAAGCGAAACAGGUGGGCAAGCGGGCAAAUAUGCGCUCGUCCUCCAGCCAAAUGGUGAUGUUGUGGUUUACGGUAAUCCGGUGUGGUCUACAGGUACCAGCAACAUUGAAAUACCCAAGCAUUAG